AGAAUCUGUAUAUGAUCUUCUCCCGAAAGAGCUGCAGCUGCCAUCUUCUAGAGAGCAGAACGCAGCCGCUAUGAGUCAAAAAAGUGGUGGAGAGGCAGGACCUCCGCCGUCGACGGCUCUCGCCGCAGUGCCCAGGUUUAGGGUGAGUUUCUGUAAGCCAGAAGUCUGUUGCCUUUGGACAUCUGUACCUAACUGCAGCCAAAUGCAUCCCUCUGACGAGGCAGGACAUGCUGGCUGCAGCUGAAGGAAGGUGACGUAUUUUCCAGCUUAAAUGAAUUUCAUUGUGGGAUUUUAGGUUUCACUGCAAAUUGAACUUGCUUAUUCUGGCUAUUUUCUCUUCUAGUUUAAUUCAUAUUUUAUUUGUGUAUAAUUCUAUUGUUUAUUUGUGAAUAUGUCCUUAGCAAUUAAACAAGUGCUCUGGGAUUUUCUAUUUGUUUGACCUGUUUGGCAUUUGUUUUUCUUUGUUUGCUUGUAGUUUUGUGGUUUUGUUUUGUUUAUUUAUUUAUUUGUUUUGUUUUAUAUUGUUUUGUGAGGGACGACUCUUUUGUCACAUUCACGUCCCUUCAAAUAUUGUCUUCCCGCUGUUGAGUGUGAAUAUUUUGGGUUCAACUGUAUCAUCGUCUUGUUUAUAACCCUAGCUUUUUAUUACCUUUAUUAUCUUCUCUUUUACACUGAAUAAUAACAAAACAUACAUGCAAGGUAUUGUUCAUUUCUCAAGAUAACUUUUCAUGUGGUUUUCAUACUUGUGAAAAAUAAUGGGCCAGUAAAUCAUUUUUAAUUAUAAUGUAAAGUAAGGUUUUUAAUUUAGUUUGCCCAUGUGUUUUAACGAAACAUUCUGGAUGUUUAUCUGUUCAUCAAAAUGUAUAUUUUGAGGCUCAACAUAUGAAUUAACUGGAAUAUACGCUAAUGGUCAAAAGUUUGGAAUAAUUAAGAUUUUUCACGCAUUCGAAAAGAAGCCUUUUCAAUAGUAUCAAAAAUACAGUAAAAAGAAAAGUAAUAUUAUUACAGAAACAAACAAACUAUUUAAAGCAGUUGAAAGCAGUUGUGCUGAUUAAUAUGUUUAUGGAAAUUGUGAUACAUUUUUUCAGGAUUCUUUGAUGAAUAGAAAGUGAUCAAAAAUGAUAAAUAAAAAAAAAAUAAUCAAUUUAAUUUUCCCUUAAUUUAAUUUCUUGCCCCAGACUUUUGAAGUAGUGCAUUACAGUUUUCACAUAAAUAUUAAACGACAAAACUGAUAAUAAAGUUUUCAACAUUGAUAAUAAGAAAUGUUUCUUGAGCAGCAAAUCAGCGUAUUAGAAUGAAUUCUGAAGGAUCAUGUGACACUGAAGACUGAAGUAAUGAUGCUGAAAGUUCUUUUCAAUUGUAAUAAUAUUUUAAAUUAUUACAGAUUUUACUGUAUUUUUGAUCAAAUAAAUGCAGCCUUGGUCAGCAUAAGAGACUACUUUCAAAAACAGUAAUAAAUCUGAAUUAUUCCAAACCUUUGACCAGAUUAGUUCAUUUUGCCCCUCUCUGUUCUACCCCCAGCCUGCCUCCUAAACCCAAACUGAUCUUUCAGUCUGUCGUGGGACCCUCUGAUGUGACCAUGGGUCUAUCUAAUAUUGAGUCAGGAUGACUUUCUUGACCCAAGUCGUGAUUCUGUUACUAUUAUUUUUAAACUUUUUUUCCCCAUCUAAUUUAAUUUAAAUGUUUACUUUUCUUCUGAGAUGGAAUCAACUGCAAUAAUUCUGCUGCCUAAAUCAAUAAAAGUGCAAUUCUCUCACUGCCCCCCUGCAGGAAUGUGUGUCCUCCAUUGGUGAAUUCAGAUUACAUUUUAGUUUGGCCCCUCGGGGCCCCUGUUGGCUUGUGUUACAGUUUCUAUCAAUAGUGAAAGCUCUGAGGGCUCAGUAUAACACAACACAACACACUCAGGUUGCUGUGUUAAGUUGGCCAUUUGCCGAGUAAAGAGUACAGUGCGGUCAAAAACAUGCAUGCAGGCCUGACUAAUGAAUCAGAGGGGGUCUUGUAACUCUGACACAGAUUGUCCAAAGUUGAAUACACUAUCUGUUAUCUAACUCUGAUUUAUCAUCUAAUGAAUAUGAAUCUUUUGACUCUGUUGAGUUUGUCUGACCUGCGUUAGACAACGUUCCCAAAUUCCUGUCAAAGUUGAUGUUACACUGGACUUCACUGGACCCACUGUACAUAGAAAGUUGAUUUGCAGCCACUUUUAGCCACCUUAAAGAAGCAGAAGAGACAGACGCUCUGUGUUUCAGUGUCUGUAUUGUUGCACGCCUGCCAAGAGUUUGCAACAUGAUGCAUAAUGAAAAACUCUGGCUUUGUAGUCCUCCGCCAGAACAGGGUUUCAAUUAAUUUCAUUAAAAAUUCUGCACAAACAUAGGUGCAGAUGACUCAAAUGUCACUGUAUCAGAUGUCAAACUGGCAAAUCGUUUCUCCCUUGUCUUGAUGUGACGGAGAAUGAAAAUAAUCAGUUUUACAAAUAUUUGACUUUUUUUUUUUAUGCAUAUGACUGCAUAAGAUCUGAAAAAUGCAUUUGAUGCCUUUGACUCAAAAUCAAAAUGUCUCACCCACCAGUUGAUUUGGUUCAGCUGAUCAGGAAGGACGAUUUCAGUAUAUUGAAUAGACAAUGGUUUGUGGUUACUAUUAUUGUCACAUGUCAGACAGUAUUUCGCACAUGGAAAGAUUUCUUCCUGAUUUAAUUAUCUACGGCUUGACCACACUUCCUGUGCAUGCAGGUGUCCUCUUGUUUAUCAUGCCACAUUUAUGCAGCCGUUUGAUCAAUCCCAUUAAAAUAAUUCAUUUAAACUGUUUAUGUUGUGAGACACAACAACAAAUCUUAUAAAUGAGGAUAUGCAUAAGGCAUAAAUAGCGAGGAAAGUAUAAAUAAAGCUUGUCAGUUUCAUGUUUUGGGAUAAAUGCUGAAGGUGGGUGCAAAUCAUUCUCUCUGAUUUAUGUGUGAGUAUUAUUGUUAUGAUGUCAACCAGGUUUUGUUACUGUUGCUGUAUAAUCGAUGUUGUUAUCUGAAUCAGUUCUGUUUACACAUGUCUUGUCUUUAGACCAGCCAUAUAGUGUAGAAACUAAACUAUUGUGGAUGCAUCCUCUACCAUUAUGAUUUGCAUAUGAGCCAUCAUGGUUUCAUGCUAAAUGGUGAGGAUGGUGAAAGGAUGGGAAGUCACAUUAUAUAGUGCUUUAUACCAUACUGUUUGAAAGUUUCACAUUAAUGAAAAGGAAAUAAGUGUUACUGUUGUAAAAUGCAUCGGUUAUGAAACCAUUUCAGCUAUAAAGCAGAUCUGCAGAAGAUCAGUUUAGUUUAGUUCAAUUCAUUUCAAUAGAGUUAAUGAUAAGUAAGUUCAUAAAUGACACGAAACGAGUUUAAUUCAGCAGUAAGCAGAAGAUAAUAGUGUCAUUAUCCAGUUCGAUUCAUUUGCAAUGUUGUUCUCAUCCAAUAGUGUCAGUUAAAUUGAUAAUAUUAGUGAGGAUUAGUUGUCUUUUAAUCUGAAUAUUGUUGUCAGUCUUUGCUGUAUAUGUAUUAAAUUCUAAAGUAUUCCACGUUGACAAAUGCACCAAACUAUACUGUACUUCUAUGAAAGGUAGAAGUUUUUCAUGGUUUUGUUUUGUGCACAUUUGACUGCCAUAUGUUUGACUAUGACGUUUGUUUAGGAUUAUUUUUUAAAAUACAUUUUCAUUUGUGUUGUUCACCUUUUAAUAUUUUCAUUUUCAAAGAAAUUCCAUUUGGAUGCCUUGUUAAGCACAUGAUUGAUAAGCAUCCUAAUUUAAAGGACACAGCAAUGAAGUUCUCCUAAAUUUCUUUCAGAAUGUUUUCAUUCAUGAAUCAAGUUGCGAAACAGUGUUAGUAUAAUGCUGGUUGUUGCAACAGGGCAUUAAUCUCACAUAUUUGAGCAUUUGGAAUGGGAAGACUGGACUGGGGAGGACUAGAAUGUGGCCAGAUUAGCCUAGACUACAGUCUUCCAAAUGUAAACACUGUCAUCCGACUGAUGAUGGUGUUUUUAUGUAACAUUCUUCCACAGCCAUUUUUUUUAGAGGCAUAAGCGACCCACAAAUAAACGUUUAAUGGAUAUGAUUACAAUGCAGAAUCCAUUUCAUAAGGUAUUUGUUCUGAGAUGGCACCAUACAGAAUUUGAGUUUGUUUUAAAAGGAGGGGGAGUCAAGCUCACCCCAUUAUUCAGUGGACUCAAUAUCUCAUUCAAAUUACAUCAUUCAUAUUGUAUUGGUUCAUAGGCUUUUUUUCAAACAAAGGAGCCAAGCUUCAUAGGUAGAUAUGCACGUUAUGUUUCUUAUUGUUCGUCUGGCUGAGUCUGUAGCGGCUCUUAGAACUGCUUAGAGGAUGGUUUUGAAAGGCCUAUUGAAAGGUUUGGUGACAGAUCCACCAACCAAAUCCAACAAUAUCAGUUUUUCCAUGGCCGGCCAUAUAGGCUUUUUCUUUGUAGAAUUUUAUUUAUUUUUUAAAUAUCUCAAAUUCUUUUCAACCCUUUCUUGAAUCAAGAAGACACUAUUCUGAGGAUCUCACUUAGUGACAAAUCCUAAAAUACCAAUCCAAUCCCGCUUAAAAUGGACUAUCUUCAGAGUAUGAUAAACAAAAGCUAUCUUUUUUUAUUUUUUAUUUUUGUAUUCAACCCAUCUGGCUGUUUCUGUGAUGCCCUUGUCUUGUUCAGCAGUCUCGGCAGCUGCAGAGUUUGACAGUGUGGUUUGGUGGUUGAAGAUCUAAAUUGCUGAAAUGUUGAUCUAGAUUGCUGAAAUCAUGAACCAUCCCAGUUUUGCAAUGUGCAUCAGCUCCUUUUGGUGCUUGGCCUCAAAGCACUUUCAUUUCAUCCAUUUCAUCAUCUUGCAGUCAGGGUUCCCACGGGUCCUUGAAAUCCUUGAAAGUUUGUGAAUCUGAUUAAAAUUUUCAAGGCCCUGGAAAGUUUUUGAAAAUAAACAAACAUAGAUACAGGUCCUUGAAAAUUCCAUAUUAUUAUUAUUAUUUCGCCAACACUUUGUGGCAUAUGCAUACUAGCUUGCUUGAUUUACGUUGCACAUUUAUGCGUUACGUUAAGUGUUUCCCACGUGAGGUACUUUGUGUUGUUCGUUGCCAUGACGUUCACAUGCACACAAAACUACUAAGAUGGUACCUCAGCGUUUCACAGACGCACCGUGAAAUAUUGCAAAAAUAGGCUGAAACGUGAUGACUGGAAAAUGCAAGUUUCAAGAUAUUUGGCUCACCAAAGAAGAUUACAAAGAAUGGCUUGCCAGAGAUCCAAAGGAUGUAAUGUUGAAUUGCUUUGCUUGUUAAGAUAAUGUAAAGCCAUGAGGCAAGAAAAACUUAAAAGCAUAUUCAUAUAUCUUAAAACUUCUGGUUACAUGAGCCUAAGCUCUUUUCAAUAAAAUCCAUGCAAAAGUUAAUAUCAGAUCAUUUUAGAAUACAGUAUAGUAUGUACCAAAUAUUAUUCAAUUUUAUGCAAAACAGAAAUACGACAAAUAUCAGAUUUCUGUCAUAUGGCCAAAAAUAAAUGCAAAAAAAAAUAAAUUUGCUUUUUUGCAUAGUUGUGUUUGACACAUGAAAACUGUAACAAUGUAUCUUACAAGGUGACGCGAUGUAACCUUUGCUCUCACUUGAAAUGUGUCCCCACAUUAAGUCCUUGAAUUUGAGGGUAUUGGACCUGGAAAGUCCUUGAAAGGUCCUUGAAUUUGAAGUUAACCAAGGUGUGGGAACCCUGUGCAGUACAACAGAUAAAUGUUAAAGAAAUAUUGAGACUGCAUAAGGUUUAAAGAGUUAGUUCACCUAAAAACGAAAAGUAGAUAUUCAACAACAUUUUUGAAACACAAAUGAGGAUACUUUUUUAAAAUUCAUUUUUGCACAUCAUUUUGUAAUCCAUAUGAGUCAAGCGGUCUAAUCUUCAAAGUCUUCAAAAAAGGCACGAUCGUGUAUGAUAUACAGAUUUAAGUUAGGCUUUUAUUUACAUAUAAACAUUUAUCAGUGCACGUGCAAAAAGCUCAUCAAAUAUGGUAAAUAGAAGCUGAACGUGCAUGCUUAACAUGAAAAAAAAGCCUAAAAUUGUUCUAAAUUCUAAAUUAAAUCUGUUCAUUAUAUAAAGCAGUCAUGUUUCUUCAGAGGACUUUGAUUUAACAGCUCAAUUCAUAUGCAGUGUUGAGGAAAGUUACUUUUAAAAGUGAUGCUUUUUUUCGCGUUACUUUUUGUUACCUGAGCUGGGCUUGCUCGUUUAGUUUAAUAAAAAAAAUAAAAAAAAAGUUAUAUUUUUGCCAACUGUAAUGGACUGAACUUUUUGAACCAUCAACAAUUUUGGUUGUGUGGGUUUUCAAUGGAUGGACAAAAAAAUUAUGAGAAAAUAUUAAAAAAAACAAAAAAACAUUUUGAAGAUACACGUAAGUGUUAUAAGUAAAAUUAUGAUUUAUUUUGGGGAGAACUAUCCUUUUAAUAAAUUAUUUUUCAAUUUCUUUUUAUUUUCUAAUAUGCACAUUAAUGCGAAACAAACAAAAUUAUUGAAUAGGUCUUAUUCCACCGACAGGAUUCAUGUACCUUCUUUAAAACUACUGGGUCACACUUUAUAUUAGGAGGCCUUAACUACUAUGUACUUGCAUCAAAAAAUAAGUACAAUGUACUUAUUGUGGUCAUAUUGUAUUUCAAAACACUUUUGCUGCUAUUGAGGUGGGAUAUGGGUAAGAUUAGGGACAGGUUUGGUGGUAUGGGAAGGUUUAAGGGUGGGUUAAGGUGUAAGGGAUGGGUCAACAGUGUAAUUAUAAAUGUAAUUACAGAAAUGAAUUACAGAUGUAACUACAUAUAGGUAUUUUAAAAAAAAUGUGCAAUGUAAAAACUUGUAUGUACACAAUAAGUGCAUUGUAUCAAAUUAUUAAUUUAAAUGUAAGUACAUAGUAGUUAAGGCCACCUAAUAUAAAGUGGGACCAACUACUGUAUAUGAAUGCUUUACCUCAUCCAUUUGUUUAAAUGAGGUGUGGAUGUUGUGUAACUUGAUUUUCAAGGCAAAUUAAUACAGAAUGCCAUUAGAUGCACUAAAAACAAACAAGUAAAAUUGAACAAAGCCUUUCUUCAUUUUAAUAUAUUUUAAUGGUCAGCUUUUAUUACUCAUUGGUUGUCUCAUUUUCAUUCCAGGAAUUUCUCUCUGAAGCAGGGAGUGUCUGCAUACAAAAUGCUCUGCAGUUUUCUGCUUCAUAGGUCAGACACUGGUUUAUGUUGUUUCUGUGGCUAUGCUCACUCCCAUCAAAAUUUGUGCAAAUUUGUAUAAGAAUUUGCUUGCAUCAUUUGACACAUCUGGAUGAGAGAUGUAGACCCUCAACUGGAAUAAAUAUUGAAACAUAUGCCAUGUAACAGUUUUUGAGGGUCAUAUGCAAGAGCUCAUUUACUGUAGAUUUCCAAUGUAUGCUUAAAUAAAACCCAAGACAUGAGAGGAUAUUAUGGCUAGAGGGCUGUGCGUAAUGUCUUGGAGAGUGAUCUCAUGCCCUGCUCUGCAGUAGCUCUACAUGAAAUGCUUGUUUUUCUUUUUUCACAGAUGUUAUUCAGCAUGAUCAUUUUGCUCCCGUUGUUUGUUGAUUCAUUUCCACAGCAUUUCAACUGCUUUUUGUCAUUUGCCCUAAUGAUAGAUAAUGCUCUCUGAAAGAUUAAAAACAGGAGCUAUUGGAAAGAAAAGAUAAAAAGCAAUCAUGAGAAAUGUCUUGACUUGACUGGGACUGUUGGGUCAUGUUAAUACCCUUGUCAAUGCCUUUAUUCACUGUCUAAUUGUACACACUGCAGAUGCCUCAUCCGCCUCUUCUGCUACGAGCAUGGGAAGUCCUCGCAGUGCUUUUCCCACCUCUUCCACCUCAGCUUCAGAGCGGAUCGCCGUGCAUGAAAGCAGCACGCCGGGAGAUGUUAGCAGUCGAAGAAAAGCCGAGGUUCUGGCUGCAGAAAACAAGCUUUCUGGCCGAGAAAAAGGUGGGCAGCAGACCCAGCAGCAACACCAGAUGACACCCUCCAAGCGGUCUGUCCUCAACAUCUCGCCUCCACCCGAGGACCUCUUCGAUGACAGCCACAUGUCCUGCCAGGAUGAGCUGCUUCUCGAAUCGGAGCAGAGUAACAGCAUCUGGAUGGAAAACUCGGUGUCCAACUUCAGCAUUGUGAGCUCCAGCUCCUACAAUGACAACACUGAAGUUCCCCGUAAGGCCCGUAAGUGCACCCCGCGACAGAAGCCCGGGCCAAAGCCGGUCCCUGCUGAAGAGGCCAGCAUGGAUGUCUUUGAUGCAGAUAGUGCCAAAGGUCCACACUUUGUGCUCUCGCAACUUGGCCCAGACAGCAAGAGCUGUUCCAAAGCAAGCUCUGAUGGACCAAAAGCUUCUGGCCUUAAAGGUGGGAUACUGUCUUGUCAGUAUCCUCAGAAAAGUGAAGGGAAAGAAUUGAAAAUUGUGGUGCAGCCUGAGACUCAGCAUAGAGCGCGUUACCUGACUGAAGGCAGCAGAGGGUCUGUGAAAGACCGAACACAGCAGGGAUUCCCAACUAUCAAGCUUGAGGGUGUGAAGGAGUCAGUGGUCCUGCAGAUUUUUGUGGGCAAUGAUGCUGGACGUGUAAAGCCCCAUGGCUUCUACCAGGCUUGCAGAGUUACAGGCCGUAACACAACCGCCUGUAGGGAAGUGGACAUCGAAGGCACCACUGUCAUCGAAGUGCCUCUGGAUCCCAGCAGCAAUAUGAUUCUGGCUGUAGACUGCGUGGGGAUCCUAAAGCUCAGGAAUGCCGAUGUGGAGGCCCGUAUUGGGGUGGCUGGAUCUAAGAAGAAGAGCACCCGUGCCAGACUGGUGUUUCGAGUCAACAUCCCACGCCCGGAUGGCUCUGUGCUCACGUUACAGACCUCGUCGUCUCCCAUACUGUGCACCCAGCCUGCAGGAGUACCUGAGAUUCUCAAGAAGAGUUUGCACAGCUGUUCGGUUAAAGGGGGGAGUGAAGUCUUUAUUAUUGGAAAAAACUUUCUCAAAGGAACCAAGGUCAUAUUUCAGGAGAAUGCUUCAGCCGAUGAUAAAUCCUGGAAGGCAGAGGCUGACAUUGACAUGGAGUUUUUCCAUCAGAAUCACCUUAUUGUCAAAGUCCCUCCAUAUCAAAAUCCAGCUAUCACAUCUCCUGUAUCUGUUGGUAUCUAUGUUGUUACGAAUGCUGGACGUUCCCAUGAUGUUCAACCAUUUACAUACACUCCAGAGCCAGUUGUCGAUUCUUCUGUGAAAAAGGAAAUCUUGCCUCCAGUGACACCUUGUUGUUUUGAACAAAUGAAAGUAAUCGAUACUGCCUUGAUGACGCCAGUUUUGCCUCUUGUUAAACGAGAAGAGGUCACUCCAAUGGAGGUCUCCAGUAACCCCUCGGCCUUCAAGACCUCUGAAGUCAUCAAUUCAGCCCAGCAAGCUUUAGAUAUGAGUGCUGAGAUCUCCACCAAUAACUGCAAAUUUUCCAAUUCACUGGCACACCAAACAAGAGAGCAGGAUCAAUCUCAGAGCUCUGUCUUUUCCAACAAAGAACCAUUCAGCACCAUCCAGGAACAGAGUCUUGCACCCAGUGGCUCUUUCCAUGUGCCUAAUAAAUCUCUCCUCCAGCAAGGAGUCCAGCCAUUCCUGUUGGAACACAGAGAGAGUCUCGGACAGGAGAGGACCGGCAACAGUGGCGGUUCAGUGGUGGGGCUCUCCCAAAUUGAUGACAACUCGCAGCAGCAGCUCUCGCUUCUACCUCCAGAUGAGGUGGCACAACUGGAGCAGGCCGUACGGCAGCUGCAAGCAAAGGGAUUCUGCAACAUCCAUCUCCAGAGUGAGAAUACACUGUCAAAACAAAGACACCAUCAACUUCAACAGCAGCAGCAGCAAAUCCAGCAGCAGCAGCAGCAAAUCCAGCAGCAGCAACAGCAAAUCCAGCAACAGCAGCAGCACAUCCAGCAACAAGAGCAGCAAAUCCAGUUGCAGCAGCAGCAACACCAGCAGCAGCAAGCUUUGGAGAACCUUCAACAUCAGCUCUUUCAGCCCCAGGUUCAAAUCCAUUGUAGUUCAGAGCAGCAGAGCUCUUCCCAGGGUAUGGUUCAGAAUGGAAGCCCUCUCUUCCAGCAAACCCCAUCACAACAACAACAGCAGCAGCAGCAGCAGCAGCAACAACAAGCAUCCUUGUUUCAACAAGCAACUGGCUUUCUUCAGCAGCAGCCCAGUCAUUCCUCGCCUUCUCUGUUUCACAACCCUACAGCCAUGACCGAAGCCCAAAGCCCACAGGAGGCUCUUUUCCACACACAGAAGACCUCUCCCAAUCAGGAUCAGGUCCAAGCUUCCCUUUUCCAAAGCAAUCUUACGGUUCUUGGUGGGUCCAACAUGUCAGCGGAAGCUCAGCCCUCUGCGACCAGUAUGUUUCUUUCCCAAAAUGCUGUACCAAGUCAACUUGCUGUUAACGCCGGCCAGCCACAGCAACUGGCCUUUCUCACUUCUAUGCAGACAUCUUCUCUCGAGGCACCAUCUGUAUUUCAGACUCCACCCCAACUGUCCCCCAUUCAGCAAGGCACUCCGAUGGAGCAGCAACAAUCACCACAGCAUGCCCAACCUGGCUCCAUGUUCCAGAGCAUCUCCCAAUCACCAAGCAAACUCCCCCCUGGUCAGCAGCAGCAGGCUAGUCUACUCCUCGGAUCCUUAAGUUCUCCAGUGACACAAGAGCAAACCUCCAACCUACUAUUCGGUGGCCAAGUCCAGAUAGGAUCGAUGAACAACAGCAGCCUAGCUUCUCCAGAACAACAGAACACUUCCCUUCCCUUCUCUCAGGCCGGCAUGGUUACAGUCAGGCAGCACGAGUCGUCUGAACCCAUGACAUUUCAGGAUCAGACUACUAUGGUGGUCAACCCGUCCUCGAAUAAACCCAUCUUCCAAGACCAGCAACCAAUGCAGUUAACACCAAGUUCUGGUACAGCCCCUUCACAGUCUGUAAACCUCUACAUGGCCCAAUCCAGCAUGCAAGGGGGUAUGGCUUCUCAAGAACCCCUUUUUGCACCACAAAGUGAUGUAACCAGAAUUCAGACUAGCACUUCUUCUCCAGUACAACAGCCUGGUCAACUCUUUCAGACCACAAUGAGUGGAAGCCUCAACCAGCCCAACCAGAAUCAGCAGCCAGACCUGUUCCUCUUUGAGAUUCAGAACGAGUGCCGUCAGCUGAUGAACAGCCAAGGAUCUUCACUGUCUGACCAGAUCAUUGCCAUCAAUCAGUCUGGACAGAGUCAGCAAGAGAGCGAAGGGCAAAUCCAGUCUUUACUUGGGCAGUCUAUAGCAGACCCAGGAACUGUGCAGGCCACCUUGACAACCUCUCAGAACAUGGAGAAGAUUGAUGACCUUCUGGUGAGCCUUCAGGAGCAAGGCAAUAACAUCUCCCACUCCUACUAGGGCCUUCAAGGUGUGGCUGCCCAAUCCAUUCCAUAUAUGAUUGUAGAUAUUUCUUGCACGCAUAUUGCAUAGUUUGGUAUCCUCUAUCUUGGAUAUUUGAAGAAUACAUGAUGUUGGAGAUAUUUUGCUAGACCCCUUAAGAAAUAGCAAGACAGAGUUUUCAGAGUAGGUCAUUCACUCUACACACUGACACUGAGAACGUAGAGUUGCCUGUUGAAAGAUCUGGCAGAAUCACAAGUCAAUCAACUUCUGUUUUGAUCUGCAAUUCUCCAGAACCCUCUGGAGAACCUCAAUGCAAGAGCAUUUCUCUGAGGAACUUACAAAAUGCAACCCAUAUGUUCCUGCUAUAAAGACUGUCAUUAGUUCCGCAGCAACCCCAUCAUAAUUAAAGGCUUUGAGGCGUUUGAGAUAUAUAUUGAAGUUCCUUGAGUACACAGUAGGAUAUUUGAGGCACCUGGAAACCUAGAGAUUCCCCGGAGGAACUGAAACGCUGCCUCGAGUAUCUCUUUAUUUUUACAGUGACAGAAAGAGAAGAUCAGGACACAUGGGAUGACUGCAGUUAUGCCUGAACAUGAUUUGUAGACACCCCACUUUCUCAGUGAGCCUCGAAUAACUUUGUGAUAUCUAUUUUUAGCCGUUUAACUAAACAUAUAAUCAAGAAUGCUUGAUAGAAGCAGUCUGCAGUGAGAUUUUUAUUUUCAACACUUUUUGUAAACAGUCGUUAAUACCUUUCUGUCUCAGUACACUUGAGUAUCUAUAAGCUAUUUUUCUUUUGUAAAAAUAUUUUAUGCAGUCAAAUGGGGAAAGAAAAUAUCCAAGUGAAAAAAUGUGUUUUGGCAUUUUCCUCCUAGCACUUUAUAUAUGUUUUCAGUGUGGUUAGUUACUCCUGACUCAUCGACAUUUCAUCAAGAUGUCUAUCUAAAACCAUGUUUACUGUAUUGAUAAUUCUAGUGUCUUUCAUCUCUUUGGACUUCUACUUUAAACUAAUCCGUAUAAUACUAUACCAAUUAGAAAUGUUCAUUCCUGCUUUAAAAAAGCAGUUAUCGGUAAACUGAAAAACAAAUUGCUUCUGAUAUUUAUGUUUGAUUAUGGUUUACAUACGUAAUUUCUUGCCAUCUCAUUUAGUUGGUGUCUGCUUUGUUUUGCAUGUCUGAGUGUCCUAUAUACAUGCGUAUGUGUGACAUUAUUUUAUGAUAAUACCUCUAAAAGUGUGUCAUUUAUUAAAUUUAUUAUUUUACUGAUUCUAAAAUAUUGAUAGUUUAUGCUUAUAUCAUUCUGUGUCAUUGUGAUGGGUUGGGUUAUUUUAUUUGCCAGUGUCUGGUACGCUGGAACAAGGCCGAUUGUUUUUAUUGGCAAAUCAGAAGGGAGUGCCCAACCAGUAUUAUCGACAAGUUUUCUGGAUAUACUGGCAUACAGUAAAUACAAAUGCUGAAUAUGCUGGGGAAGCAACCCUUCAUCUUUUGUAGCGGAAAUAGUUUUUAUCAAUUUUCGAAUUUUAUAGCCAAUAAAUAGCCAUCAGCAUGUCGAAACCGAAGACCAUGUUUAACCUUUGAUCUAAAUUGGCCAUUUUUGUGGCUCAGGUGGUUUGUAUAUUCGGCUAUGAAGUGAGUUUGUUUUGAAUGUAGAGAACCAUUACGUGAGCUAUAUAUUCAAAGCUCAUGAAUGUGUUCUAGCGUCAGACAUGAUGUAAAGCUGCCAAACUAGUUUGUGUGCUCAGAAUAUUAGGCUGAUGUGAAGUUAGUUGGCAGAUUGUCUUGUUGUUAGCAUCAGGAAGAAUAUAUACAUUAUGAGGGAGCUGUUCUCUGUAAUGUCACAGAAAUGGCUCAUUUGAGCCUGCUAUGGUAUUAAAUGUCAAAUUUUUGACCAUUUUCUUUGCUCAGAACCUUGGGUGAUUUUUAUGCCUACUUUUUAGUAGAGACUAUUUUAUCCUCUUCUUUGGAGAAGUUUUGCUUGAAGGGUGCUCUCAUAUAUCUCUGCAUGGGGAAGAACUGUGAACAGGAACUGGAAAAAGCGUUUUAUUGUGAUUUAUUUUCAUCUCUGAACAAUAAUAAUUGUAAUUUUUUUCCAUAAUUCUCAAUAUUUAUGUGAUAAUUUACUUUUUCACCAUACCUCUUUUUAGAAAAUAUUUAUUUUUGUCUCAAGAAUUUUCACAAUUAGAAUCAAUGCCUAGAUUUCAAUUAAAAUGUGUAAUUACGACAUAUUUCAUAUAUAUUUAUGUUUAUUUUUUUUUCAUACAGAAUGUCAUCUUUUAAAGAAAAUAAUCUGUGUAACCUACUGUAACAUCAUGUUUAGGCUGCACAGACGUUAUUGAGAGUCGUCAUCAUGAUGCACAGUGAUUCAGUUGUACAUUUCUGUUGUACUUUCACUAUUGCAAAAGGAUAUCAUGGUUCUCAACUCUGGAUUUUUAGGGGAUUUAAUAACUGGCUGGUCAGAACUAGACCUCCUAUAACGAUUUCAUCAAUCUUUUGGGAAAUACAAGCCAUAAAAACAAGCAUUGCCCCUAAAAAUUCUAUUUUGUAUGAUUCUUGGGACCAAUUAUUCAUUAUUUAGAGUUCAAUUAAGAAAUCUAAACAUCUGUUUUGGGUGAAAUAACUUUUAUAAAUUGAAAAAAAUCAACAAAAUGCAAUAGGUAAAGUGUGCAAGUGCAAUGUCUGUCCUUUGGUAGUCUUUCUUUAAAAAUAAUAAGUCACAGUUCAAUAUUGCAAAUGAGGCUUUGCAUAUCAAAAAUUGUUUCAUUUAUUUGUAUACUGAGACACAUUCUUCCUACUCAUCCCAGUCACAAAAUCUAUACUAAACAAUAUGCCUCUAAAAUUAAUUUAAAAUUAAAAUAGUUAUUUUUUUAUAUAUUGGUUGACAUUGUAAAUAUACAGUAAUUGGUAGUUGUGCCUUCUGAUUUGUACUUAAAAGCAGAUAAUUUCCUCUUUUGACUGGUCAUGAAACAACACACCUUUAAAAUAUGUUCCAAUAAAUAUACAUGUAUGUAUCACUUUAAAUGUGACUAGAUAAUAUGCAAUAUUAUUUUGCAAUUUGUUUAAUACAAUAUACGCUUCUGUUUAAUUUUUGUGCAGCAGGCAAUAUAUUGCUUUAAAGUUUAAACAGUUAAGCGGUUAGAACGACUGCAAGAAAAAAAUACAGCUUUUUCAUAUUCAGCUGGACUUCUUUAAUCCUUCAACAAAGAGGAACUGUUAUGGUUCUGUUGCUUAUUAAUAUAUGAUAAUUCCUAAUGUGCCAUAAUGAUGUGCACAGUAGGUAUUAUAUCAGUCUUAUGGCAAUAUACUUUUGUGUGUCAGUUUGCUAUAAUGUGUUGUCAGGUUUGGAAAGUCUCUGUCGGAUGUGAUGAUAAAAUAUAUGAGCUACUUCUGACAUAUUUGUGACAAUUUAUUACAAAAAUCGUAUAUAAGUAUUUUGCUUUUGUUGGGGCAUUUUUACUCUUGCAGCUAUUUUUUCUGUAAAUGUGCUGCUAUGUAUCAAUAAAAAUAGGUUAAAGAAAAAUAACUCCAGGCUU